CACGGUGUAUAGAUUAUAGGAAAUCGCGGGUUUGGUUUCCGCAACUCGGCGUAAUAAAUUGCGCCUCUUUUGCGUGAUGGGUUUUCGGCACUACUCUAGCCAAUGCCAACCCAACUCUACCAAGAAGCCUAGUAAACUCUAGAUGUUGCAAACGACUUCGGAGAAAGACCCCGGCAAACCGAAGUAGUUAUUAUAUAUAUGUAUAAGGUUAAGAUAAUAUCGAUAACUGAAAUAUCGAUAUUUCAUUUUGUCAAUCACUCAUUUUUGCCAAGAUAAGUUCUAUGUCUGCUUAUAAAUCAUCCUGUACAUUUUCGUGGCUCGUGGUUAACGCCCCUUGUCUCACAAACAAUUGUCAAUUCAUAAUGUACAAAAAAUACUUAUAUUCAGACAUAUUAUUAUAUUACAUAUUACAGUUCAUUGUUUUACUUAUGAUGUGCAACAAAAGAGGACCGAUUUUUUUAAUUUCUAUCGCUCGAUUUCGUGUCUCCCUUUAAUAAGAUCUCCACUAGGCAUUUAAAUUCCACUAAUAGAAUUGAAAACGAGUCGUCAAUACCACUAGAUUCCCACUUUUGACCGCUUGUAUUUCAAAAAUAGCAUUUCCACAGAUUUUCCAGUGACGAAAUCGAGCGGUCGAAAUUAAAAAAUCUCCUGGAGCGGUAAGUAGGUAAAAUCGACGCACUGUUGCUUUCAUAUUUGGGCCCACCCCCAUAUAUACCUAUCGUAUUAUAUAAUUACGAUAUAUCGUAUUAUAUUAUCGUAUUAUAUGAUUAUCGUAUUAUAUUAAUCAAACCAUUACGUCAAGACGUCAGGACUGAGAAACAAAAGAAAGCAUAUCAGGUGCGUGGUGAUUGUUUAUUUGAUAAUAAAUAAUUUGUUUUGUUAAGUAGUGUUUAUCUCCAAUUAUUUUAAAACUUUUAAUUCACGCCCUAACUUGACCAAAUGAUGGAUCACAGGACCACGGACCAUAACUUGUGGUCCGUCAUUUUUAAGCUGUGUUAAUAGUCAUAUAAAUUAAGUAUGAGUUCUUCUUUACUAAUAUAGUAUUUAUUAUGUGGAAGCAGGCUUUGCAUACAGUUAGGGAAUGCUCCCUAAAGAAGGGAGUUGUUGUUGUUGUCUUAAGUCACCCCAGAGGUGCAGAGGGCCUUCACAAGCUCGCGCCACGCCAUCCUAUCUUCAGCGACCCUUUUGGCCUCGCUUCACUUCAGCCCACUUCACCCGACCGUAUUACCACUCGUAGUUCACUCUCGGCGGACCGUCUAAGAGUUAUUAAAACCUGAUAUCAGGCCUGAUAAAAUUUGGAUGUAACUGGCACUUAUGCCCGACAGGCCUUGCUACGGACUGGAAGUUCGUGGUCCAGUAAGCCCGUCUGUUAUAGCUUUUAAGAUCCUGCUGUGCACACUUUAGCUGUAUAUUGACAUUCGUUUUAUCAAUGUGUCAAACGUCACUGUCAAAAGUGUCAAAGUCAAUCAAUUGUCAAUUUCAGUUUAUAUCAGAUGUUGUGCCGGAUUAUCCCGAAAAUAAAUAAAACAAUCACGUUCACAAAGUAAAUUAAACGAGAGGUAGUUGUAAACUGAGUGAAAGGAACAAAAUCAAACUGAUUUGGAAAAGUUUUAACGUUUAGUAACGUGUGUAAGAAUAAUGGGCCCAUAACAAAUGCAAGAAAAGACUAACUACCACUUUAUAUUCCUUUUAUUAACGUAACAACACUUGUUUAAGUGGAUAGAGAACUACUGAGACUCCUGAACGGGCUUCCAACUGUUGCAACUGCUUUAUGAACAAAAUCCAUUAUUCACUAAAACAUAACGACUUUGCCUAAUCAUUGGAUUGAAGAUUGGUUUUGUGAACUGAAAUGUCCAAGAGGAAGUGUAAAUACAUAAACUGCUCAAAUUCAAGCGAUACUCACUCAUUAUUCAAAUUUCCAGUAAAUGACAAAGACCGCUUACGAAUAUGGAUUAAAAAUUGUGGUAACCCCAAACUAAAGAAAUUGGCUCCUGAAUUAUUAUAUAAUCGCUAUGUUUGUGGAGAUCAUUUUGAUCAAUGCUAUAAAAACACGAACAACCAGCAACCUAGAUUAGUCAAGACGGCAAUUCCUAGACACUAUAAGGGUAAAGAAUCAAAUGAUAUCGAAAGUGAAGAUGAAUCAAAUGAGAUUGAAUGUGAAAAAGAAAAAUCAAAUGAUAUCGCCGGCGAAAAUGAUGAAAAUAAAUCUGAUUCUGUAGAUCCAGUGCAAGCUACCGAAGAUGUCGAAGUGGUUGAAAUUCUGUGUAUGGAAUGUGACAAACCAAUCAAAGGGUUUGGGUUCCAAUGGUGGUGCGUACAAUGCGGUGGGCUGCGCUGUGGCCUGUGUGCCCUGCGAAUGGUCCACCGUCCACACUUCCUGCUUCGAUCCCCAGCCAACACCACUCCUGAACAAAUUCAAAUUUUGAUCUCAGCCAUACAAAAGGAAUUGCAACUUGUGGACUUCUUUAAUUCAUGCGACACAGACAAAUAUGUGGACCAGGUUGAGUCAGCAGAUAUGGAUUUGGAUGUGAUAGAAGAAAACCUACAAGAACCAAUAGUAAAAGCGGAACCCCCUGAAGAAGAGGAAGACCCCCUGGCGGAAUAUUCCAACAACUCUUCCAUUCUAAAACCCAAUAGUAUUCCAACCAACAACUAUCACCCUAAAGACCGCCAACCCAACUCACAAAACUGUAGAACAAAUCAGAAGUAUGGCGUCGAUGACUCAUUAAAUACCCACGAUGAAAACUUUUCAGCUUUAGGUUUUAGAGAAACAGAUUAUCAACCUGGCGAGAAAUCCUUAGGCUUGGUCAACCCUUUCGAAUAUCAGCGAAAUUUGCAAUAUUUAGGUCUUGAAAAAUCAUUAGAGAAUCAAGCAAGCCAGUCUUCAGGCGAAGACACAAUCGACUAUCAACCAAGCAAGGAAUCUGUAUGUCUCAACGAAUCUACCGAUUAUCAAGAAAGCCAGACGCCUGAAACUCUGAACAUGUUAGGCCCUGAAAAUUGGAUCGAUUAUCAACCAAGCAAGAAAUCUGUAUGCCAUGAGUCAAGCGAUCGAUCAAGCCAAACGUCUGAAGGCUCAGAGUUCAGAGAGAUGUUUUUGGACUUCAAUGACUUUUAUUGUAACUUCGGGCUCUAUAGAUACGAUCAACCGGACAUUGAUGAUAUUCGACACUCGGCCAGCCUCAAAACGGCUCCAAAGGGCCCUGAUAAAACUCCAAUUCCGGAUCCAUCUAGCGUAGAAUUAGCUGAAUCUUGUUCGUUGGCUGCAGAUAGAGUUCCAAAUACGGAUCCAACUAGUAUGGAAUUUUCUGGAUCUCGUUCGUUCGCUACAGUUAGAGUUCCAAAUACGGAUCCAACUAGCAUAGAAUUAUAUGGAGCUUGUCCGUCGACUACAGAUACAGUUUUAAAUCCGAAUCUAACUGGCAUGGAGUUAUCUAGAUCUGGAUACGAAUCCGACGGAUCAUACAUACAGUUGGAAUCCCUAGUUCUAAAUGACCAACAUUUGAGUGACGAGGAGCUCCACCCAGCGUGCAGCAAGCUAAUUCGUGUUCAAACUUCUCCAGAUAAUAUUGAUCCCUUGAUAAAUACUACAAUACCCCAAGCUAAACAGAUCGAAAAUAUAUCCCAGCAACCUGUUCAAGCAACUGAAGAUGAACCAAACUGUACGAAAAUAAUCUAUGAAACAAAAAUUAAUAAAACGCUUCCACCUCUGUGUAUAGUAUACUCCAAACACCAAAAACAGGCAGUUGACAAUAUACAUCAAAAAAAUUAUCAUUGUAGAACACAACAACCACAAAUUCAAACACAAAUAAAACAAAGCUGUACAGACACUAUAAAACAAACACAUGAUCAUAACAAAGAAAAAGCUGUUAACAUUCUAGGAAAGCUUAAGGAAGCUCGCAAUAGUUCUAUGACGCAGCAACCAAAAAUCUACGCUGCCUACACAAAACAAGGUUUAAAGAACACUGCAGUACCGAAGGAAAAACCUUACAAAGAGAAAUCUGUAAAAAAUAAAGGAGGUCCUAACAAUGAUCCUCUUAAAACAAAGCUACCACGACUUCUAGUAAACUUAACCAACGAAGACAAAAAUUGCACAGACACUACUGAAAAACAGAAUAAUAAAAGUGAAACACAUCGACCGCUUAUUAAAGUAUACUCCAAGAAACAAAUCUGUAAGAAUGCUAUGGAACACAAAGAUAAACUAAAAUCAGUGAAUACUAUAGAAAAUCUUAAGAACGAUGCUAAUACAACGCAAGAAUCGCAAAUCAAAAUAUACUCCAACCAUGAAACGCAAAAUUUUAAGAAUGACACAGAGCUAAAUGAUGAUAAUAGUAUUAUACAGGAACGACAAAUGCAAGUAUAUUCCACACACAAAAAGCGAAAUUGUAUAGACAGUACUGAACAGAUACAUGUUACCAAAACCCACAAAGACGGAUCUACUAAAACUAAUGAACAAAAUAAAGAUCUAAAUAAAAUGCAGGAGACACAAAUUCUAGUAUAUUCCACCCACAAAGCCAGAAACAGUGAACACUACAAAACUAAUGAACAAAAUAAAGAUCUAAAUAAAAUGCAGGAGACACAAAUUCUAGUAUAUUCCACCCACAAAGCCAGAAACAGUGAACACUGCAGAAAAAGAAAGUACUCGUAAUCAUCAUAGCAUGUAAGUCAAAAAACUAAUAUGUACGGUCAAUGUACGAAAAAAAUGUACAAAAGUUAAUCAUAUAGUUGUAGUAAAACGAAAGAAAGGCCAGACGUGAUAUCGAAGGUAAAUAAUCAAACCCGAGCGCAUCAAAGCACUAAACUUAAAUGGGACCAAAGAAGAUUUGUAUCGAUGUCAGGAAGUAUGAAAGUCUGCAUAAAAACUGUAUUAUUUUUUCAAGCAAGACGUCUAAAGGCUCAGAGUUCAGAGAAAAUUUAGUGGAAUUCGAUAACAUUUACUGUAACUUCGACCUAUAUACAUACGAUCAACCGGACAUCGAUAAUAUUCGCCAUUCGGCCAGCCUUAAAACGGCUUGAAAGGGCCCUGAUAGAGCUCUAAGUCCGGAGCCAUCUAGCGAAGAAUUACCUGAAUCUUGUUCGUUGGCUACAAAUACGAGUGCCAAAUCCGGAUCCAAAUUGAAAAUAUACUGCACACCCGACUUGUUAUUUUCUAUGGGAAGUUGUUGUGUUAUAGUUACUUAGGAAUUAAAUAUACAUAGUGUAAUAAAAUUAAAAUUGUAAUUGUAAAUAGAAUCAAAAUGUCGCUCACGGGCGCAAACUAACAAAUUAACAUAGAAUUACUUUUCAACCGCUCAAAAUUUUUCAAUAUUAUUUAAUAAAAUAAUGUGAAGGUUUAUAAAAAAAGUACUUUUAUUUUUCAGGUGUUCAGCCGAUAUAAAUAAUGAUUUUAAAAAUUAAAAAAUAUUCUUGCAUGAGGCUAAUUGGUGAUUGUGAUUUCAAUUUCAUGCCAGCUUUUAUGUCCAAUGAAUUAAAUAAAGUAAAAUAUUAGGCGGAAAAAGAGGACUCCUGUCCACCGUGCAACAAGCGAGUCCGUGUUAAAAUUAGUACAAAAAUGACUUAGUGAAUACUAUAACAGCCCAAGCAACACAGAUCGAAAAUAUGUCCCAGCAACCCGCUGAAGUAACAUUGACAGAAGAUGAAAUAGUAUGUACGAAAAAUAUUGAACCAAUAUUGAGUAAACCACAGCAACAGUUGUGUCGAAUAUACUCUAAGAAUUUAAAAAACUGAUCAUAAUAAAACCAAGCAACCAGAAGUUCAAGCACACUCCGACUACAAAAAGAAAAAUUUGUAUGUAUACCUACUAUGGAACAGAAAAAUUAUCAUAACAAACAAAAGUCAGUUAACACUUUAGGACAGCUUAAGAAUACUCGCAAUAAAACGCAACAAUCACCAAUCAUCGCCACCGACACAAAACAAGGUCUUAAGAAUACUGCAGUACACAAGAAAAACAUUGCAAACAAAAAUCUGUAAAGACUAUAAAAUAUCCUAACAAUGAUCCUCUUAAAACACAGCUACCAAAAAUUUCAGUAAACUUUAUACACGACAAAAAAAUUCCACAGACACUACCGAAAAACAGAAUAAUCAACAUGAAACAAAGUAACCGCUUACUCAAGUGUACUUCAAGAAACAAAGCUGUUCGAAUAUUAUAAAAUAAAAAGAUAAACUUGAGUUACUUAAUACUAUAGGAGAUUUUAAGAACGAACCUAAUAAAACAAGUUGUAAGAACAUUACAGAGUCUGAAUAUGAUAAUAGCACAACACAACACAGGAACGUAAGCAAUAUUCGACACACAAAAAGCGAAAUUGUACAGACAGUUCUGAACACAGAAACGUUCCCAAAACACAUAUAGAUAUCAAUAGAUGAACUUAACCCAGAUAGACAUGAAAUCUAUGGAAGCUACGGAACAAAAUAAAGAUGAAUAAAAUAAAAUACAGGAAACACAAAUAAAGUAUAUUCCACUCACAAAGCCAGAAAUAGUAGACACUGCAGGACAAGAAAAUACUAAAUAUAAGAAAUCACAUAGUUGCAGUAAGACUAAGGAAAGGCCAGGCAUGCUAGCGAAAGCAAAAUAUCAAACCCGAGCGCACCAAAGACAACACUAAAUUAAAAUGGGACCAAAGAAGAUUUUUAUGGUGUGAAAGGAAUUUUGGCCUUAAACUAUACUUUAUUGUUACGGAACUGACUCAUGCUAAGUGUUCAUGCAUUGCAUGGAAUAUUGUAAAUAUUUGUUGUAAGAAAUAAGGUUAUCAAUAGUAAGUAACGAGUUAAAAUAAAGCUAAAAUUUAAAA